AUGGCACCAUUAUUCAAACCUGAAGACAAACAGCUCUCCGUGGCGUUUGUUUGCCUUGGGAACAUAUGUCGUUCUCCAAUGGCAGAAGCCGUUUUCAAACACAAGGUAAAAGAAUUAGGAUACUCAGACUAUUUCAAGCUCAUUGACUCGUAUGGGACCAUUGGAUUUCAUUCUGGUGACUCACCAGAUUCAAGAUCUGCAAGAACAUGCCGUAAACAUGGAGUUCCCGUUAAUCAUAGAUCGCAGAAGAUCAGUCCCAAAGAUUUUACAAAAUUCGACUAUGUGAUUGGAAUGGAUGAAUCCAACUUAUCUGAUUUACAUUAUAUGAAACCAAGAGACAGCAAGACACAAGUUUCGAUAUUCGGCAAGUGGAGAACUGAUAAAAGUUUUGAAAAAGUUGUUGCUGAUCCAUAUUACGGAGGAACAGACGGAUUUGAGUAUAACUUCAGACAAGUUAGUCAUUUCAGUGAAGAGUUCCUCAAGCAGGAAAUUGGGGAAUUGGAUUAG